UUCAAACUUCGUGGUAGUGUUUGCUUCUUCUUCGACGUACCGUUAGUUUACUAGUCUGCCCGAUGUACCGCUUUUAAUUCGGUCGCGGUUUUUGCUUCGAAAGAGCUAAAAUAUGACCGUUUAAAUAGUUCCACAUAAUCGCUGUGCCCAAAAAUCGAUAAUUCCUGCUAUGUCUCGAUUUUUUUAAAAAUAAAUUUUACGAACCUGUGUUUUCUUAUUUUCUGCGGAGGAGAAAUUUUCGCCGAUUUUACGACCAUGAAGCAUCUGCAGUUCCGGAAAAAUUGUUAUGUGUACUUUUAAUGAAUAGAUGUAGUGUCGUUCACGUACAAUGGAAAAAUUAAGUGUGCUAAAACUGGGUUAUGGGACUUUGUGUGUGUUUGUGAUUGCUGCAACUUUGCAAGCUCGCGCGGAUUCUUUCGUAGACCCAAAAUCACGAAAUGAAAGAGAUAUUUCUGAAAUGUCGCCGAAAUCACCCAAAUCCGGCCAGCACAGCAAGUGCGAAGAAUCGUCCGAAUUCAGCUCAGAUAAAAUCAAAUCGGAUCUAUGCCAUUCUUCUAAAGUUAUGUCUAAAACGCGAGACGAUGAUAAAUUGUCGCACUUCAAGAAUGUGAAAAAUUACUUAGACAGUAAUCAUGUUGAAUUGCCCGAGAGUGUAGAACUUUCCGUGAAACCAUCUGAAACGGACAAUAGUCACCCUGUAAGCAAAAUCAAGCCUGCGACGAGGGUUAAAGGAGAACACGUGGCGCUUCAGGGUCGAGCACUAGAAAGGCCGGAACACGUCACACCUACCGCGACGACCAACGAAUUUGCCACGCUUUCUACUAGAGAAAAAGCGAGAGACGCUAAUCCGGAUAUUCAAGACAUAAUCACGGGCCUUGUCAAAUUCCUGAACGGGAACGUCAAUGUUCAAGCGGAUGCUGUACAAGGAAUGGGCCGACCGGCACGACCCCAUCCGAGUAGAAUUAAUAACAGAGGUCCUCCAAAAAUAACGGACGUUCCAGCGUUGCCUCCCGACUUCGACGUUCCGGCCCCGCCCUUACCACCGCUUCUGUUAGGUCCAGUGCCACCUCCAACUUCAACCCGGCCUCCCACCCCAUAUCCGUUUGAACUACCGUUCACCAGUCAGGCACCUAAAAGGCCUUAUUUGGGCAAUACAGGAAUGUCAGACAAAGUUAUGCCUGGCAAAAGGCCGACUUUAUAUAGACCUACUGUACAUAACUGGAUUCACCCAACUACAAGAAAACCACAAAACAAACCCAUAGGUGCACAUAUGCCAUCAGAUAUUAUGAUUUCUAUGACUUCAGACAAACCUGUAGAUGAUAUACUGACUCUAGAUUUGGAUACGCAACUUCAAGACGACGAAACGAAGAAUACGGAGAGCAAGCUCGAAGAAACUGUUACAAACCAGGAAAACAGAACAUUGGAAAGCAACAAUGCAACAACACAAAAUAAAACCUCGCAAUGGGAAACGAUAGACCAGGAAACGGAAUACUUCGAAAAAAAUAAAGAAAAAAACCCGAAACCGGAUAAAAGUAACAAAGUAACACUGGUUACGCCGACGCUGAACAUGGGAACUUCUGUGUUAGAAACGCCUAUAGUUUUGGUGACAGAAAACAUAGUUAUCGCGACCACUUCAGACGUUGCAGAAAUGUCACCCACUCCGGUUAAUUCGUCAGUGACAUUAGAAACUUCGAGCGAAGAAACUGCUACUAGUAGUAGCAUCCUAUUACUUGAACCCUCAAUCAUGGAUUCAAUACAAAGUACUAAAGAUCAAGAGACUAAUUUGUCUUCUCAAAAAACUCAGGAAUUGGUUAUGGUAUCUUCCGUCAGCCAAGAGAGUACUAAUACGAAAUUCAUAGAUUCUUCUUCUGUAUCAAAUGAAACAAAUUAUACUGUUCAUCAAACUGGCGUACCAAAUAUUCAAUAUAAGCCGCGACCCGGGAUCGUUUUGGACGAUACCGAAUACAAACCUGGAGGAUUCAGCAGACAACCGAUUGUAGCGAAACCGCAAUUGACUGGAUUGGGCGACAUUUUCGAUAUAACAGUAUCGGCUAUACAAGGUCCGGGUCCAUCGGCAGGUCAAGGCAAACCGUAUAUAAUUCCAGUUGACAUCGAACAUUUAAAUUCUGCUUCACCGACCGAUGUCAUCACAAGUCCAGUGGGCAAUGAAGGAUUCGUUUCGAUAGACGGAAAAAGAACUUACCUAAAUAUAUUUGGCGAUAGCACACCAACAAUGACUACUCCGAGUCAUAUUAAACCUAGCGGUGUCAAUAACCAGGUCGUUGCGACUGGCAUCAAUGAAUCACAUUUGCCCAGACCCAGUAUAGAUUUUAUCAAACCUACUCAGCGAAGACCUAUUUACAGCACUUCUAGACCAAACCAUCCGCCAGUAAGGAUCGACACUUGUAUUGUGGGAGACGAUUCAACGUGUGACGUUUCACAACAUGAGAUAUGUAGGACAGAGUUAGGGAUCAGUAGUUGCCAUUGUAGACCAGGCACGGCGAGAAGAAAACUCAGAGAUCCCUGUAGGAAUAUCAUUUCCCUUGUUCUGUCUUUGCGAGUGGAUAGGAUAUAUGAUAGAAGGGUGGUGUGGGUUGAUGACUUGUUGGAGAAAAACGGCGAUAAAUUUGAACAACUUGCCUUUGAAUCAGAAAAAGCGCUGGAAUCCGCUAUGUCCAUGACGCCAUUUAGCGACGAAUAUCUGGGAUCGAAAGUAAAUAAUAUCUACAAAGGGGACCGAUCCCAAGGUCGAGAUGGGGUGUUCGUCAACAUCACGCUUCAACUUGAAGAAAAUGCUGACACUUCGAGAACAUCAGUGAAAGGCGAAAUCCAAAAACAAUUGCUUGGUGUGCUCCAACGAAGAAAUAACAAUGUUGGAAAGAGUGCGCUUUGGGUCGAUAGUCUGCCCGGGUCGAUAUCAAGUCUACAAGAUUUAGACGAAUGUACCUCGCAAGAACUCCACGACUGUCACGAAGCCGCCAAAUGCAUCAACAUAUUCGGUGGAUUUAAAUGCGAAUGUCUAGAAGGAUAUAGAGAUCUGUGGGCAAACAAUAAAUAUAGAGGCGGUAGAGAAUGCGAGCAGUGUUCACCAAAGCACUGUAGUAAUCGUGGCGAGUGCAAAUUUCAAAAUGGACAGGAAGUUUGCGUUUGCUCGGGAAACUAUUAUGGUACGCAGUGUGAGUUGGACGGCGAGGUCCUUGGUGUGGCUAUCGGCGCCAGUGCCGUUGCUAUUAUAAUCAUUGGACUAACGCUGGUGUGCUUGGUCAUGUGGAGUCGCAGGUGGAACAAAGAACAAAAAACAGUUGUAGGAAGCCCAGUUUUUGGUUACAUGGCCACAGCCAAUAGUACGGUGAAAACUCCUGUAGUUGGAACGCCCCCAUAUCAAUUUACCCUACAGGACAGAUUACGCUGGGCUCAGGUAGCCAAUGUCAUGGCACAAGCUAAUCAUUACGCUCCCGAGCCAAGUCUAGUCCCAAACAGAAGUUCUAUGUUUGGUUAUCCAACUCUUCCAGUCGGAGGAACUCUCCAAAUACCCAAUUCACUAAGAGGUUUGGGAAGCACCGCGGGUAGUUUACCUCCAGUCCCUUUACCCCGAUUGCAAGCACAUUUGGCCGGAAUGUCAUCCGGCAUGUGUCCGCUGGACAGCAAUAGCUCGUCGGAAGAAGAAGAUAAAACUGAUUUGCUGGGAAGAAAUUUUCAGGUGCCCCGGCCUAAAAGUAGAAGUAACGCAUCAAUAGCGAAUCAAAGUGGUAUCUACUAUGAUGUGGACUACGAACAAAACGAAACUUACACGCAAGCUGGGGGGAUACCUAUGAGCACCUAUGGUCCAACAGCUUAUUUUAGAAACUAAGAUAUUUUGUAGAUGCAC